GGUUUCCUCUCCGCACGCGCCGCAGGAACACAGCGAACCGACUGGGAGGGAAAGCGCGAGCGGACGAGAGAGAGAGAGAGAGAGAGAGAAAGGAAAGCGAGCAGCACGAGCAGCUCUCCGACUCCUUUUGUUUGAGAGAAAAGCGGCCGCGCGGAUCGGAGGAGGCCUGAACGAUGAACCAGCGAGCUCGGACGCGUCCUCGUGACAGCCAUCUUUAAGAGCGGGGUGUUUUUUUGUGUGUUUGUAUGUGUGUGUGUGUGUGUGUGCAUGUGUGUGUGUAUGUGUGUGUGCUCGCAGGCUAAUUUUUUUGUAGGAUUAGGAGGAGGACGGUGAGGGGGAAAAAAAAUUCGCCCUUCCUUUGAGGUAGGAUAUGGAGCAUAGCAUUUAGCCUCCAUACUCCGCACUCCACGAGCCCGUUUCCAGGCGAAAACACGCUCCUUUUCCCAGCGUUUGUUUUACUAACAUUGUUUGUUGUCCAUAAUAUUUCCGCGGCACGGUGCUCCUUUUAUCCGCACAGGGUUUUUUUCCUCUCUUCCCGUGGCGCAUGCUACACAGUAUAUUUUGCAAUCUGUCUCUUGCACUCUGGUGCGUUUUAGGCCUUGUGUAGCAAAAUUGGAAUCAAAUGGAAGAGUGAAUGCUCGUGUAGGUGAGCUCUGAUUAUCGCACUGUACAUUCAAUCCGACUGCGAAUAAGCGUUUUAACCGACCGACUUUGUGUUUAAGGCACAAAGCUUCAGCAAGGGGGGAAAAAACGUCGGCUACAAUCCUAUAAAAAAAAAUCAUAAUCAUAAUCAUCUGGUAGCGCGCUGAUAGAGGUUUAAAGGCGCACUGCGUGAACAUAAUUGUGUGAAUUAAUAAGAAGAAUAAGAAUAAUAAUAAUAGUAAGAAGAAGAAGAAGAAGAAGGAGUGAGCACAGGGGAAAGGACGUCGGCGCGUGCUUUUUCAAUGUUAAUGUCGACCGACGUUGCGUCCAUCAUGCUGCCCGUUAGUCGGGGACUGAUGGAGCGGGACAGCAGGGACUUGGAGGCGAACGCCAACCAGAACCCGCAGGCGCAGAACCAGAGCGCGAGCCCCAACCCGGUGCGGGGGAUGAAGCGUGGAGACCCGGAGCCCGACGCGCACGGAGCGGCUGCUGCGCCCCUCGGGGACUCGGUAGGAGCCGAGUGCAAGAGACCCCGCAUGGAGGGCGGAGGGGACAUGAGCCAGAACAAUGAUCCACUCAACAUGGGCUUCCACGGAUACCCCUCAGCCAGUCAGGGUUCUCAGGACGCGAUGGGGGCUCAGGAAGGCCUCGUCCCCCCACCGUACUCGUCCUUCCCCCCUCCUCCCCCUCCACCGCCCCAGAACGGCUUGCCGCUGGACUUUGGAGGCAGCGGUAUUUACCCCGCAGGGGGCCAGGGGCAAGUGGAGGCGCCGGCAGGGAUCACUAACCCCCCAUCUGCCCCCAACACUCUCAACACACAACAGUUAUCAGACGGCUCCCCCCAGACCGAGGGCCAGUGUGUGUCCGGCAGCGGUUCAGGAGUGUCUGGGACCGAAGACUCCGCAGACGGGAAAGUGACCCCGAAACGUCUCCACGUCUCCAACAUCCCAUUCCGCUUCCGAGACCCCGACCUGCGCCAGAUGUUUGGGCAAUUCGGGAAGAUCCUGGAUGUGGAGAUCAUUUUCAAUGAGAGAGGCUCUAAGGGCUUCGGCUUCGUGACGUUUGAGAACAGCGCGGACGCUGAGAAAGCCCGCGAGAGGCUGCACGGGACGAUAGUGGAGGGCAGGAAGAUAGAGGUGAACAACGCUACAGCUCGAGUGAUGACCAAUAAGAAGCUGGUCAGUCCAUAUGCUAACGGAGAGGGACUCAGCGCUCUGCCUUAUGUAGCUGGGUGGAAGCUGAGCCCUAUGGUGGGAGCAAUGUAUGGGCCGGAACUCUACGCAGGUGAGGCGUUGGUUCCAGGGUUUCCGUACCCCACAGCAGCGGCGGCGGCGGCAGCCACUACAGCCGCCACCUUCAGGGGCGCUCACCUGCGGGGUCGCGGCCGGCCCGUUUACGGCGCUGUGCGCGCGGCCAUACCACAACCUGCCAUUCCAGCAUACCCAGGAAUAGUGUUUCAGGACUCUGUGGUUAGUAGCAGAUUGCCGCAGGGUGGUUAUGCGGCGUAUCGCUACGCCCAGCCCACCGCCGUAGCAGGUCCGACAGCAGCAGCAGCAGCGGCUGCCGCAGCAGCCUAUAGCGACAGUUAUGGUCGCGUGUAUGCGGCGGAUCCCUACGCUACAGCGCUAGCAGCCCCCACGGCUGCCGCAUAUGGAGUGGGCGCAAUGGCCACCCUCUAUAGGGGCGGAUACAGCAGGUUUUCUCCUUACUAAACUCCCGAACCUCUCAGCUCCAUCGACUCGCCCAAACUUUUACCAACAGCCAGUCUCUUAGGAGCACACAAGUCCUUUUUUUUGUGGACAAAACAAAAACACACCGCUUAAGAAUAAAUACUUGAGAAAGGAAAGUACCAUCACUACAAGUGGGUUUUUAAAAAAAAAAAUAAAAUAAAAUUACAUACCUAAAAGUAACUUUACAAGACGAGCGAGAUGCUGACUGAGGAAUUGCACGGCUGAAAAAAAAUUAUUCUUUCCUUCUUUGGCACGUUUCUCUGCACAUAUGCAUGCAGUAAUGGCUCUAGAGGAACCGUUCUAGCGGCCAACAAACUCCAUGUGCACAGAGUGUCUGGACUCCAACGGACAAAGUUUGUACAUCGCUCUUCAGAGUAUCACACACUACAUUAAACCUAGCCCUAACGAAGAAGCCUGCCCACACCAUUACAUUGACUGUAAGAGGACACGGGCCACACAAGCCACCAACAAACAGAACCCACACGUUCUUUAGUAGAGGAACCGAGAAAAUACGACAUGAAAGGAGGCGACUGUUCGAAGUGGUGUUUUUUUUUUUCUCAUAAGGAAAGAAAGGACUGGGAUGUAAAACGAAACUGACAGCUGUUACGUAUCGGCAGAAUUUUCCGCACGCAUAUGGGACGAUGUGUCAUAAAAUAACCUACGGAAAACCUUGCUUAGAUUUUUUUUUUUUCGUUUGUUUGUGUUAAAAUUACCUCCUGCUUUCGAGGUCUUUUUGAAAAGACAUACCUUUAAAAUUAAAUAGUAACAAUAUGCAAAUAAACUAGAUUAGAACAAAAAUGUUACCAAUCUUUAUUAUUAUUAUUAUUAUUAUUAUUAUUAUUAUUAUUAUUAGACAAUUUCUUUAACAUGCCGUCCCUGUGACCUGUUGACUCCUAUUUAAGUGUGGAGGUUAAAUCAUGAAAUUAUCGAAAUGUAACACUACAUAAAAUGAUUACGUUUAGAAAAAAAAUGCACACUAAGAAUUUUUUUUAUACAAUUUGUUAAGACCCUUAUUGGAUUUUGGGACUUCGAGCCCUUUUUACAAGAAUCGUGCUGUCAGAUAUGCAACUUGCGUCAUUUCACAACAGGGUGUGCAGCAAGUGAAAACUUUGGAUAUUUUAAAAACGUUAAACUACAUAGUAUUUUUUUUCUCGCUUCUCUACAUGUAUUUACUCUUAUCUUCUGAAUAUUGAUAUUAUGUCUUAUGAAUUUUGGUUCCAAAGAUUUUGUGAAGCACAUUUUUUUUUUUUUUGGUUUUUUUUUUGGUUAAAUGUAUGAGCCUAUGGUAAUUUCUGUUGUUUGCCUUGUUUUAUUUUUGUAUCAAUAGAUUUUACUGUUUGAUUUUGAAGUGUCUUCAAAAAAAUGGUUUGAAAUGAAAUGGAUUUUGCAGUGUCUGCUGUGCCAUCGACAUCCAGGUUCCACCGUAAUUUAUUAACAAACCUAUCAGUCGAAUAUAAGCAGGUUAUUCUGUGGUCAGGAUUUAUCAGUGUACGUGCUUCGUUCCGAGUCGUGUAUCAGUACUUCCGUGCUGGAAUGUUGGAAAAGCAUGAAACCUGAGCUACUGGGUAUUAAUUGUGUAUGGAUUCACCCGUUUAAAAAUGAUUUCAGCGAUGUUGCUUAUCAACAGUCAACACUUAUACCGUAGGUAAAUAAUAGAAAACAUUUCAUACUUAAGCUUUUUAGUUUAAGCUCACAUAUUUUUUUUUUGUUUUGUUUUUGUGUGAUGUAGGGGUUGAAUUAUAUUCCACUCUUCCGAGUCCUGGAAGUGGAACGUGUAUUAAGAUUUAAGGAAUUUCCCGCCUCUCUCUGAAAGCUCAUUGAGAUGGAAGGGUGUUAACUUUUUGCUGUCCAUUAGGUACUUUGCAGCCUAUGCACUACGUUUCUCAGUGUUAUCAAGAAAAUUAAGACAUCAUUAGCUGCGAUCAACCCCCCCUUUGCCUUUUUAGACUCUUCCAAGAUCUGUGUUAGAUAAAUAAGGAUGGGUUUGUCCAUUUCUGUAGCCUUCCAAUGUGUGUAGUGGCUAAAGUACUACUGUUAAAACAGUAGUCUAAAGCCAAACACGACUAGACUCAUUUCAGUCCGGUGAUAUUUAUUAAUGAAUUCCAUCCUGCGAAUCAAACUGAGAUAGGAAUUCGUGGACCUGAUUGGAAAUUCGGGUCGGAAUACUUCAAAAACCUGCGAAGGGCGUGCGAGUCUAGAUUUGUUGGAUCAUCUUAUAGAGCACAGGUUUCCAAUGACGUCCAGCUGUACAGUCAGGAUGGGAAAGAAACAAGCUGCAACCUUCAGCAGUGUCCCAAUCCUAUCCUAUAUCUCCUUUCCAUCUUUGCACAUUAUUAUAUAAUACAUGUUGUGCAUAUUAUCCUUUAGUUUACAAUGUGAGUGUGUUUUCGGUUUGAACUCUUCCUCUCUGCAUACUCGGAUGCCAUUUGUGAUGUAAUUUGUAUCUGAAUGUCCAUAUAAACUGUUUUUUUUUAAAUAUAUGCACAAAUGAGUUUGGGUUUUUGUCUUUGGGAGAGCAAAGUCA